AGUUGGUAAUCGCAACGCAUACACCUAGACAACUUGUCACUCGCCACUAGCCUUACCGUAACCCUCUUGCCUGAGCCAUGUCCUCGCCUCCCAUCGAAUUUCCCUCGAGUAGUCGAGCUGGAACGCCCAACGCCGAGCGAAUCAAUGCGGCAGCUCGAUCGUCAGGAUUUCAUACCCCAGGAUAUGGAGGCAUGCCUGCGACAUCUUCCCCUCUGGCGUUCCCUUCAUCCGAGCUCGGCUCGAGCGCAAGGCGGGCGACUGGAUCGAGGGCGGGAGCAGGACCCAGCCAGCUGUCUAGCGACGGCGGGCUCUUCCGUAGUCCCGCUGUGAGACGGACUCAGGAACCUCUCUUCUUUCCAGGAUCGGGAGGUUCGACGCCCAGACGAUCCCGUCGUGGAGACAUCCACUCUUCGCUCCCUUUCUCGUCCCCCUCGGUCCGACCACGAAGAGACCAAGAAGCUCCUGUCGAUGGUACACCCGUCGCCGCCCGUUCUUCUUCUCCACCGAUCGGGGCCAACUUUGGUCUCACCUCGGAGAUGGAUGCACCUACCCUAAGCAUGGCUGGCUCGGGACCCGAUGGGAACGAGAACAUGAACGGCGAAGCGGCCGAUGGGACGGACGGGAAGUUCAUCUGGGGGACCACUGUUGCCCUUCAAGAGAGCAUGAACCUCUUCACGGACUUUCUCAGAAACUUUAAACCCAAGUAUCGGGCGAGUUAUAACAAGGUGGCCAAGACCGCUAGCGAGGACGAAGACGAUGCGUUUGCUCCUCCUCCUCCCCCUCCGAACGCCUUGUACGACAACCUCAGCAACGUCAAGGCCAACGAGACUCUGUACUUGACGUACCUCCGGACGAUGCGGUUGACCCAGCAGACCAACCUGAACUUGGAUUCCCUCAACCUGCUCUCUUAUCCUCCGACCAAAAAGCUCUACCAUCAACUGAUCGCUUACCCGCAAGAGGUCAUCCCUAUCAUGGAUCAAGUGCUCAAGGACCUCAUGAUCGAGCUCGCCAACGAGGAUGCUGAGGGCAAGGAAGAAGGAUUGGAGAGGGACUUGUUGGUGGAGGAUGCUAGGGAGAUGGCGGCCAGGGUGUACAAGGUCAGGCCGUUUGGAGGGGAGAGGAGCGUGAAUAUGAGGGACCUCAACCCGGGUGAUACCGACAAGUUGGUCUCGAUCAAGGGUCUCGUGAUCCGUGCGACCCCGGUCAUCCCCGACAUGAAGCUCGCCUUCUUCCGAUGCAUGGUCUGUCAACACACGCAACAAGAAGAGAUCGACCGAGGUAGGAUCAACGAGCCGAACAAGUGUCCCCGAGAACAGUGUGGGGCGCAGGGGACGAUGAGCUUGAUCCACAAUCGGUCCGAGUUUGCCGACAAGCAGGUUGUCAGGUUACAAGAGACUCCUGAUGUGGUCCCCGAUGGUCAGACGCCUCAUACGGUAUCACUCUGCGCCUACGACGAGCUCGUCGAUUUAGUCAAGCCCGGUGAUAGGGUGACCGUGACGGGAAUCUUCCGUUCGAUCCCCGUGCGGCUCAACCCCCGUCAACGGUCGAUCAAGGCCUUGUUCAAGACCUACGUUGAUGUCGUCCACGUCAAGAGGACCAACGUCGCGAGGAUGGGGUACGACCCGACGACGAGGGGCAGCGAAGGUCGACCCCCGGGGAUCGGAGUCGGUGGAGAGGAUGAUGAAGAGGAAGGGCUCAGCGCUGCCGAUCGGGCCGCGAUGCAGGAAGACGGUCAACCCGUCCAACCCGCUUCGGCCAAUGCCGAGAUGGAACAAAAGUUGAUCGAGCUGUCGACUCGACACGAUAUUUACGACUUGCUCUCGCGAUCGAUGGCGCCUUCGAUCUGGGAGAUGGAUGAUGUGAAGAAGGGAAUUUUGCUGCAGCUGUUCGGCGGUACCAACAAGAGUAUCGCCAGGGGUGGUGGUGGCGGAGGACCUCGGUACCGAGGAGAUAUCAACAUUCUCAUGGUCGGAGACCCCGGUACUUCCAAGUCGCAAAUUCUGCAGUAUGUCCACAAGAUUGCUCCUCGAGGGGUCUACACUUCCGGGAAGGGGUCCUCGGCCGUCGGUCUUACGGCGUACAUCACCCGAGAUCCCGACUCCAAGCAGCUCGUAUUGGAAAGUGGAGCUUUGGUUCUGUCUGAUGGAGGCGUCUGCUGCAUCGACGAGUUUGACAAGAUGAGCGAUGCUACCCGAAGUGUCCUGCACGAAGUCAUGGAACAACAAACCGUGUCUAUCGCCAAGGCUGGAAUCAUCACCACCCUCAAUGCCCGAACUUCCAUCUUGGCCGCAGCGAACCCCGUCAAUUCGAAGUACAACCCUCGUCUGCCCAUCCCGGCCAACAUUGACCUACCUCCUACUUUGAUCUCGCGAUUCGACUUGCUCUACCUCGUCUUGGACAAGAUCGACGAGGUCAGUGACAGACGCUUGGCCAAGCAUUUAGUCAGCCUCUACCUCGAGGAUAGGCCCGAUGCGAGCGGACAGGAUAUUCUGCCCGUCGAAACCUUGACCGCCUACAUCACCUAUGCCAGAUCGAGGAUUCAUCCCGUCUUGACCGAAGAAGCCUCGGACGCCCUCGUCAAGUCGUACGUCGAGAUGCGCAAGGUCGGGGAAGACAUUCGAACGCAAGAGAGGAGGAUCACCGCCACCACUCGACAACUCGAGAGCAUGAUUCGUCUUUCGGAAGCUCAUGCGCGUAUGCGAUUCUCGGAGCGGGUCGAAAUGCAGGACGUCAAGGAGGCGUUCAGGUUGAUCAGGGAUGCUAUUCGAGAGAGUGCUACGGAUCCUAUCACUGGACAGAUCGAUUUGGACCUCAUCACCACCGGUGCGGGUCAGCAGCAACGUCGCCUGCGCGGAGAUCUUAAACGAGAGGUCUUGUCCAUGCUCGAAGCGAGCGGCAGAGCCGGUCUACCAUGGACCCGUGCGGUCAAGUCGCUCGAAGAACAGUCAUCUGUCCCGGUCGAUCAGGCCGAAUUCAACGAGGUUAUCAGGACGCUCGAGCACGAGGGUGCGAUCAAGGUCGUCGGCGCUGGGGAACGACGGACGAUCAAGCGGAUCUCCGACUAGACAUCCUGAGAUUUACGGGUUACAUUCAUUCCUUGUUGUCAUCUCUCACUGUACGCGUCCGUUCUAAUAAUGGUUGUAUGGUUAUUUAUCGAUUGGUGCAAGUGA